GGGGCGGCUGAGGGGGCCGGGCCGGGCUGCGGGGCGAGCGACGCGGCGGGGCCCGGGACGGCGGCGCGGCCCGGGACGGCGAGGCUCGGCAUGGCUAUGGCGGCGCGCUCUUCGCAGACAGAGCUGUGACCUGGCCCUGCUCGCGGCUGAGGAGCCUGCCCACCAUGGCGAGCCCCACUCUGAGCCCCGACUCCUCGUCCCAGGAGGCCCUGUCGGCCCCCACCUGCUCCCCCACCUCUGACUCCGAGAACCUCAGCCCCGAUGAGCUAGAGCUGCUGGCCAAACUCGAAGAGCAGAACCGGCUCCUGGAAGCCGACUCCAAGUCCAUGCGCUCCAUGAAUGGCUCCCGGCGGAACAGCGGCUCCUCGCUGGUGUCCAGCUCCUCAGCCUCCUCCAACCUGAGCCACCUGGAGGAGGACACGUGGAUCCUGUGGGGCCGGAUCGCCAACGAGUGGGAGGAGUGGAGGCGCAGGAAGGAGAAGCUGCUCAAGGAGCUGAUCCGCAAAGGCAUCCCGCACCAUUUCCGGGCCAUCGUGUGGCAGCUCCUGUGCAGCGCCACAGACAUGCCAGUCAAGAACCAGUAUUCGGAGCUGCUCAAGAUGUCCUCACCUUGUGAGAAGCUGAUCCGCAGGGACAUUGCCCGCACCUACCCAGAGCACGAGUUCUUCAAGGGCCAGGACAGCCUGGGCCAGGAGGUGCUCUUCAACGUCAUGAAGGCCUACUCCCUGGUGGACCGGGAGGUGGGCUACUGCCAGGGCAGCGCCUUCAUCGUGGGCCUGCUCCUCAUGCAGAUGCCCGAGGAGGAGGCCUUCUGUGUGUUCGUGCGGCUGAUGCAGGAGUACCGCCUGCGGGAGCUCUUCAAGCCCAGCAUGGCAGAGCUGGGGCUCUGCAUCUACCAGUUCGAGUACAUGCUACAGGAGCAGCUCCCGGACCUGAACACCCACUUCCGCUCCCAGAGCUUCCACACGUCCAUGUAUGCCUCCUCCUGGUUCCUCACGCUCUUCCUGACCACCUUCCCGCUGCCCGUCGCCACGCGUGUCUUUGACAUCUUCAUGUACGAGGGCCUGGAGAUCGUGUUCCGGGUGGGCCUUGCCCUGCUGCAGGUGAACCAGAUGGAGCUGAUGCAGCUGGACAUGGAGGGGAUGUCCCAGUACUUCCAGAGGGUAAUCCCCCAUCAGUUCGACAGUUGCCCGGACAAGCUGAUCCUCAAGGCUUACCAGGUCAAGUACAACCCCAAGAAGAUGAAGAGGCUGGAGAAGGAGUACGCAGCCAUGAAGAGCAAGGAGAUGGAAGAGCAGAUCGAGAUCAAAAGGCUUCGGACAGAGAACCGGCUCCUCAAGCAGCGGAUUGAGACCCUGGAGAAGGAGAGCGCUGCUCUGGCUGAUAGGCUAAUCCAGGGGCAGGUGACACGAGCGCAGGAGGCUGAGGAGAAUUACGUCAUCAAGCGGGAGCUGGCAGUGGUGCGGCAGCAGUGCAGCUCAGCGGCCGAGGACCUGCAGAAGGCACAGAGCACCAUCCGGCAAUUGCAGGAGCAGCAGCCCGGCCCUGGAGGUGGACGGGGUGGGGCCAGGCAUGGGCCCACAGCCGGCUGGCAGGAAGGCUACCCACCUCUGGCUGCAGCCUGGGGCCCAACGCAGCCCUCUACCCGCCCCCAGGAUAACCCGCGCCUCACCGAGGACUUUGUGGCCCACCUGGAGACGGAGCUGGAGCAGUCACGGCUGCGGGAGACCGAGACCCUGGGGGCCCUGCGGGAGAUGCAGGACAAGGUUCUAGACAUGGAGAAGAGGAACAGCUCGCUGCCCGACGAGAACAACGUGGCGCAGCUGCAGGACGAGCUGAAGGCGCUCAAGGUGCGGGAGGGUGAGGCCCUGGCCUCGGCACGGGAACUGAAACUGCAGCUGCAGGAGCUCUCGGACACCUGGCAGGCCCAUCUGUCCCGCGGCGGCCGCUGGAAGGAGUCCCCGCGGAAGCUGGUCCUGGGCGAGCUGCAGGACGAGCUGAUGAGCGUGCGGCUGCGCGAGGCCCAGGCUCUGGCCGAGGGCCGAGAACUGCGGCAGCGCGUGGUGGAGCUCGAGACGCAGGACCACAUCCACCGCAACUUGCUGAACCGCGUGGAGGCGGAGCGAGCGGCGCUGCAGGAGAAGCUGCAGUACCUGGCGGCGCAGAACAAAGGGCUGCAGACGCAGCUCAGCGAGAGCCGCCGCAAGCAGGCGGAGGCCGAGUGCAAGAGCAAGGAGGAGGUGAUGGCCGUGCGCCUGAGGGAGGCGGACAGCAUGGCGGCGGUGGCCGAGAUGCGGCAGCGCAUCGCCGAGCUGGAAAUCCAGUCCGGCGACCUGGCCCGCCCGCAGAGGGAGGAGGGCCGCAUCCAGGGCCAGCUGAACCACUCGGACUCGUCGCAGUACAUCCGCGAGCUCAAGGACCAGAUCGAGGAGCUGAAAGCCGAGGUGCGGCUUCUGAAGGGCCCGCCGCCCUUCGAGGACCCACUGGCCUUCGACGGGCUCGGCCUGGCGCGGCACCUGGAUGAGGACUCGCUGCCGUCGUCGGACGAGGAGCUGCUCGGCGUGGGCGUGGGCGCGGCGCUGCAGGACGCGCUCUACCCUCUGUCCCCGCGUGACGCGCGCUUCUUCCGCCGUCUGGAGCGGCCGGCCAAGGACAGUGAGGGCAGCUCAGACAGCGAUGCCGACGAGCUGGCCGCGCCCUACAGCCAGGGCCUGGACAACUGAGGCAGUGCCCCGCGUGCUCGGAGCCCGGGGCCGCCGCCUGCCCGCUCCUUGGACGCCGCCCGCACUUAACAAACUCCAGGCCCUUGAUGGUCCCGCCCACCCUGAGGGCCAGGACCAGCGUGGCAGGGCGCAGAGGGUAGGACCGAACUCUGGGGAUCCUGAGUCACCUGGCAGGCCCACUCUCCCCAGCAGUGUUUACCCAUCUUGGUCUGUAGCCCUCUGGGCCCAGUUUCCUGGAGGGUCUGCCCCUCUUAACAGCCAGGGCAGGGGCGGACCCAGGAGUCCCAGGACUGGAGGAGCAGGAACCUCCCCCCUCCUAGCUGGCCUCCGUCUGGGACAAGGAUGGCCCGGCUGGGAAGGACCCAGGAGCUAGAGGAGGCCUGAGGAAGAAGAGGCCGCUCUAGGCCCAUCGUUACCACCCCGUACCACCCUCGGGACCCUUGGCCUCUGGGGACAGAUGGCCAGGCUGGGUCUCCCUGCCUGGGGCAGGCAUUGUGGCCCCUGCGACAGAAACCAAAGCCCCCCCUACUGUGUGCAGGGCCGCGCAGGGUGUGAGUGGCCAGCCGGAACCAGCCAGGGCCUGGGUAGUGUCUGUCCCUGCUUCCUGGGGGCCAGAGCAGCUGUAAGGAAGUGAAGAGAGCCCCCUCUCCCCAGCACACCACAUCUUCCUCUGUGACAGUCCCAUCGCCCCAGGCUGGCCAGUGAUGAAGGGGCUCCCCGACCCAGGCUAGCCUCCUCUCCAGGGGGUCCCCGGCCUCCACUUCCGUUCCUUCUCAGUAUCCCCGGCCCCACUCUCUGGCCAGAGCCAGGCCCCAGGGGAGGAGGCCUCCCAGUUGGGUUGCCUCCCCGCACCUGCUCGUGGUGGUCCCAUGGUCUCUGCUGAGUUAGAACCAAGAACGGUGCCAAAAUCCAACGAUGCCCCCAGAUCCCUACUCCCUGGGGCCUCACGACCCUCGGGCUGACCCUCUCGGUGCUCCUGGAGCCUAGAGCAGCAUCACAAGCAGUCUCCCCGGCACUUCCUGGGGUGGGGAUCCAUGCUCAGUACCCCCUUCCCGGUCGCCCACUCCUCAGUGUUACAAAGCCUGGGGACCAGGGUGGGCAUCUGAGGGGCUCUCCCAUGUGCCCCCCACACUGCCCACCACCAUUUUGCACACUGCCUGUUCACACUCCACAUGUCGCCCAGGCGGGAAAGAUGGAAAAUAAAGUGU